AUGGCAACCAACGAAACCAACAACAACAGCAGCCCCGUCGAGCUGGCUCCGGCGCUCGAGUACCAGCCCCAGCAGCAGCAGCAGCAGCAGCAUCUGCCAGGCCCGUCCGCCGGCCAGAUUGACGCUCGUCAGGAUGUAGAGAAGCCGGUGCAGCUCGACGACACGGACGAGGAUGAGCGGGACGACCUUGUCGCGCCGCUCAGCCGGCGCAACACCAACGCCAUGAUUGCCGACAACGACCGCGAAGAGAUUAUGCGCAUCGCCAGCCACAUCAGCCGCCGCCGCUCCAGCGUCGCCAGCCUGCAGCAGGUGCCCUCCCACGGCGCCGGUGGCCUCGACGACGACGACCCCAAGCUCGAUCCCCAGAGCGACAGCUUCGAUCUCGGCAAGUGGGUGCGCCACUUUGUCAGCCAGGUGCGCAAGGAGGACCGCGCGGGCCCCAACACGGGCGUGUCGUGGCGUGAUCUCAACGUCUUCGGCUCGGGCGACGCCAUCCAGAUCCAGAAGACGGUCGGCUCGCUGCUCAUGGCGCCGCUGCGCCUCGGCGAGUUCUUCAGCUUCGGCAAGAAGGAGCACAAGCAGAUCCUCCACGGCUUCAACGGCAUCCUCAAGCCCGGCGAGCUGCUCGUCGUGCUCGGACGGCCGGGCUCCGGCUGCAGCACCAUGCUCAAGUCCAUCUGCGGCGAGCUCUACGGGCUCAAGCUCGGCGACAACACCCAGAUCCACUACAACGGCAUCCCGCAGAAGCAGAUGCGGGCCGAGUUCAAGGGCGAGACGUCGUACAACCAGGAGGUCGACAAGCACUUCCCCCAUCUCACCGUCGGGCAGACGCUCGAGUUUGCCGCCAGCGUCCGCACGCCCCAGAAGCGCGUCCAGGGCAUGUCCCGCGCCGAGUACGCCAAGUACAUGGUCAAGGUCGUCAUGGCGGCCUUUGGCCUGAGCCACACGUACAACACCAAAGUCGGCGACGACUUUGUCCGCGGCGUGUCGGGCGGCGAGCGCAAGCGCGUCAGCAUCGCCGAGAUGCUGCUCGCCGGCUCGCCCAUCAGCGCGUGGGACAACAGCACGCGCGGCCUCGACUCGGCCACGGCCUUUAAGUUUGUGCAGAGCCUGCGCAUGGUGACGGAGAUUGGCGACGGCGUGUGCGCCGUCGCCAUCUACCAGGCCAGCCAGGCCAUCUACGACCUCUUUGACAAGACGACGGUGCUCUACGAGGGCCGCCAGAUCUACUUCGGCCCGGCCAGCCAGGCCAAGCGCUACUUUGAGGAGAUGGGCUGGUACUGCCCCCCGCGCCAGACAACCGGCGACUUCCUCACGUCCAUCACCAACCCGGGCGAGCGCCAGACGCGCGACGGCUUCGACAACAAGGUGCCCCGCACGCCCGAGGACUUUGAGAGGGCCUGGCUGCAGUCGGCCGACUACCGCGCGCUCCUCGCCGAGAUUGACGCCCACGACCAGGAGUUUAGCGGCACCAACCAGGAGACGAGCGUCGCGCAGCUGCGCGAGCGCAAGAACGCCAUGCAGGCCCGCCACGUCCGCCCCAAGUCGCCCUACCUCAUCAGCACCUGGAUGCAGAUCAAGGCCAACACGAAGCGCGCCUACCAGCGCAUCUGGGGCGACAUCUCGGCCCAGUCUGCGCAGGUCGCCAGUCACGUCUUUAUCGCUCUCAUCGUCGGCAGCGCAUUCUACGGCAACCCCGCCACCACGGACGGUUUCUUUGCGCGUGGCUCGGUCCUCUUUAUCGCUAUCCUCAUGAACGCCCUCACUGCCAUUUCCGAAAUCAACAGCCUCUACUCCCAGCGCCCCAUUGUCGAGAAGCAGGCCUCGUAUGCCUUUUAUCAUCCAGCGACCGAGGCCAUGGCCGGUAUAUUGUCCGACAUACCCAUCAAGUUUGUCACUGCUGUCGUCUUCAACAUUAUCCUCUACUUCAUGACCGGUCUCCGACGCGAGCCUGCCCAGUUCUUCCUCUUCUUCCUCAUUACGUUCAUGACCACGUUUGUUAUGAGUGCAGUGUUUAGAACUCUGGCAGCCUCGACCAGGACAGUCUCACAGGCCAUGGGUCUGUCUGGUGUCAUGGUGCUGAUUCUCGUCAUUUAUACUGGUUUCGUCAUUCCGCAGCCGUCCAUGCAUCCCUGGUUUGCCUGGCUUCGAUGGAUUAAUCCAAUCUUCUACGCUUUCGAGAUUCUGGUUGCCAAUGAGUUCCAUGGCCGUGAUUUCCCAUGCGGCCCUGGUUCUUUCGUGCCCCCAUUCCAGCCCCGCGUCGGCACUUCCUUCAUUUGCGCCGUCACUGGAGCAGUCAAGGGCUCUGAAACGGUGAGCGGCGAUGCUUUCAUGGAGGCAAGCUACCAGUACUACUACUCUCACGUCUGGCGCAACCUCGGAAUUCUCUUUGCUUUCCUGUUUGCCUUUAUGAUUAUGUACUUUAUCGUCACCGAGAUCAACUCGUCCACUACCAGCACUGCCGAGGCGCUCGUCUUCCAGCGUGGCCAUGUCCCCGACUAUCUCCUCAAGGGAGGCAAGAAGCCCGCGGAAACGGAAAAGGACAAGGCAGAAAACGCCGACGAUGUUCCACUGCCCCCUCAAACCGACGUCUUCACUUGGCGCGAUGUGGUAUAUGACAUUCCAUACAAGGGCGGCGAAAGAAGACUGCUUGACCACGUUUCCGGAUGGGUUAAGCCUGGUACUCUGACUGCUCUCAUGGGUGUCUCGGGUGCUGGCAAAACCACGCUUUUGGAUGUGUUGGCUCAGCGAACCACCAUGGGUGUGAUUACUGGCGACAUGCUCGUCAGCGGCAAACCUCUUGACGCCAGUUUCCAGCGUAACACUGGCUACGUCCAGCAGCAAGAUCUUCAUCUCGAAACCGCAACCGUCCGCGAAAGUCUCCGAUUCAGCGCGAUGCUCCGUCAGCCCAAGACCGUCAGCAAGAAAGAGAAGUACGACUUUGUCGAAGAAGUCAUCAAGAUGCUCAACAUGGAAGAGUUUGCCAACGCUGUCGUCGGUGUGCCUGGUGAAGGUCUCAACGUCGAACAGCGCAAGCUUCUGACUAUUGGUGUCGAACUCGCCGCCAAGCCCAAGCUGCUCCUCUUCCUCGACGAGCCCACGAGUGGUCUCGACUCGCAAUCUUCCUGGUCCAUCUGCUCGUUCCUCCGCAAGCUGGCUGAUUCGGGCCAGGCUAUUCUCUGCACCGUCCACCAGCCUUCUGCCAUUCUCUUCCAGGAAUUCGAUCGUCUCUUGUUCCUGGCCAAGGGCGGCAAGACUGUCUACUUUGGUCAGAUUGGUGACAAUUCGCGCACCCUCCUGGAUUACUUUGAGGGCAAUGGUGCCCGCAAGUGUGACGAUCAGGAGAAUCCUGCCGAGUACAUGCUCGAGGUCGUCAACAAUGGAUACAACGACAAGGGCAAAGAUUGGCAGUCGGUCUGGAACGAGAGCCAGGAGAGUGUUGCCACUCAAAAGGAACUGGAUCGUAUCCACGCGGAGCAUCGGCCCUCGGAAUCUUCUUCUGAUACUACUCAGCGAACCGAAUUCGCCAUGCCAUUGACUGUCCAGAUUCGUGAGGUCACAUUCCGAGUCUUCCAGCAGUACUGGCGCAUGCCUAGCUACAUCAUCGCCAAAAUUGCUCUCAGCGUUGCGGCAGGUCUCUUCAUCGGUUUCACAUUCUUCAACGCCAAGACGAGUCUCGGUGGAAUGCAGAUUGUGAUGUUCUCCGUCUUCAUGAUUACCAAUAUCUUCCCUACUCUUGUCCAGCAGAUUCAGCCUCUGUUCAUCACCCAGCGAUCCCUGUACGAGGUCCGCGAGAGACCUAGCAAGGCUUAUUCUUGGAUUGCCUUUGUUCUUGCCAACAUUGUCGUCGAGAUUCCUUACCAGAUUGUGGCUGCUAUUCUGAUCUGGGCGUGCUUCUACUACCCAGUUGUCGGCAUUCAGACGUCCGAUCGCCAGGGCCUGGUCCUCCUCUUCGUUAUUCAGCUGUUCCUAUACGCUUCUUCGUUUGCGCACAUGACCAUUGCCGCCAUGCCCGAUGCGCAGACCGCCUCCAGCAUCGUCACGGUCCUGGUGCUAAUGAGCAUUCUGUUCAACGGUGUCUUGCAGCCUCCGAAUGCGCUGCCCGGCUUCUGGAUUUUCAUGUAUCGCGUCAGUCCCUUUACCUACUGGAUUGCCGGCAUCGUCGCGACCAUGCUGCACGGCCGCCAGGUCGAAUGCGCCGAGAAGGAGACGCAAGUCUUUGACCCCCGCGAUGGCCAAACCUGCGGCGCCUAUCUCGCCCCCCUGGCAGGCCAGGCCCCCGGCACGCUGCAGAACCCCGAUGCCACGUCGGACUGCAGAUACUGCUCGUACCAGGUGGCCGACCAGUUCCUCGCUGGCUCCCGCAUAUACUGGAGCGAGCGUUGGCGCAACUUUGGCCUCAUGUGGGUGUACAUCAUCUUCAACAUUUUCAUGGCCAUUUUCGUCUACUACAUGUUUAGAGUCCGCAAGGGCGGUUUCGGUCUGGGCAACCUUUUUGGGGGUAAAAAGGCAGCCAAGCCAAAGAAGGAGGAGGCUGUGACUGAGAAGACCGCCACCAGCAAUGGCUCGGCUGCUUCCACGCCGACAACCAACUAA